UUCAUCAGCCAACUUUAAUAUUUUCAAAAAUAUUAUUUUAAUAAUCCUGUCAAUCAAUUUAUUUUACAUUUGGUUUGCAAUAAAAUGAAUCCCGAUGAUCCUGCAAACCCGAAUUAUACCCAACCAGCCACACUUCCAGUUCCGCAACAAAGUCAACUUCCAAGUUAUUUAAGCUUUGGUCAUUACAGCAUUAAUACGAAAGGAUAUCGAAAGAUUGACGAUGAGCUCCAGCCCCGCGGAAGUAUCAUUCUCCCACAACUCCAACAAUCAGAAAGAAAAUUUUUCGAGAUGGUAGCUUGUAAUGAUAUAGCCGCAGUACGAGACUUUUUACAAGAAAAUCCUCAUUUUAACAUAAACUGCGUGAAUUUUCAAGGAGUAUCAGCUCUCCAUAUCGCAGUUCAAAACGUUUCGGAGAAUAUGGUUGAAUUGUUAAUAAGCCAACCGGAUAUUGAAAUAGGCGAUUGUGUUCUCCAUGCAAUCCGAGAUAAUCAAAUCAAAAUUUUAAAAAUUCUCUUAAAUAAACUCCAUCAAACAGCCCCAGGAUUUGAAUUUGUUGGUGUAACUAAUAGUUCGGAUUUUCCAGAGUAUGUCACGCCUUUAAUUUUAGCCGCUCAAUGCGGUCACUUUGAAAUAAUCGAACUUUUGAUCGAAAGAGGACAUAAAAUUGUUAAACCACAUCCUCCAGAUUGCCAAUGUCACGAAUGUCGAGCUCAAUACUUAGCGGAUGAUUUAUUACACGGAGAAACAUUGAGAUUAAAUUUAUAUCGUGCAGUUUCAAAUCCAUCUUAUAUUUGCCAUUCGACGUAUGACCCAAUUUUAACAGCUUUCCAACUAUCGAAAGAGUUAAUGGAUUCGGCUUACGUUGUGCCGCAAUUAAAAACUGCCUAUCAAGAAUUAGCUAAUGAAAUAAGCCAAUUUGCUGUUGAUUUAAUCGGUUGUUGUAGAAGUACGGAAGAAAUGGAUUUAGUUUUAAAACAGGUUGAUGGAUUGUAUGUUUCACCUCAUUUUUUGUACCCUCGAUUACUUCUGGCUAUUGAUUACAAACAAAAACAUUUUGUUGCGCAUCCAAAUUCGCGGCAAAUGAUUGAUACUGCUUGGCAUCGAGAAUUUCGCGAAUGGAAAUACAAAUCGAUUUUAAUUAAAGCUUUAUAUCCGUUUUUCAGACUUUUAAUGAUACCUGUUAUUGCUAUUUUAUGUUUGGUUAUGCCACAUCAUCAUUUAGUUACGUUUUAUUCGAUUCCAGUGAAUAAAAUGUUGAGUCACAUGGCAGCUUAUUUUAUUUUUUUGGUUAUAAUUUUUUUGGAGAGUAACAUUGAUAAAAAAGAAGCUAAAAGAGGUCCUCCAAAUUCCGGGUUGGAGCCGGUUAUCAUUAUUUUUGUAAUUAGUAGGAUUUGGAGUAGUUUUCGUUUGUGUAUGAUUAGAGGCCCAGCAAGGCAUUUCAAAAAAUUAUGGAAUUGGUAUGAUUUGGUCAAUUAUAUUUUGUAUCUUUUAACGUUUUCUUUCUGGGUUUUUGCUGCUAUUGAUGUUCGCGAUAAUGGGCAAGUUGAUUUAGAACGGAAGUAUUGGCAUCAUUUGGAUUACACUUUAAUUGCAGAAGGAACUUUUGCAAUAGCCGUUGUGAUGUCUUUUUUUCGUACGAUGAAUUUGAUGCGUUUAAACUACAUGCUUGGGCCGUUACAAAUAUGUUUGGGAAAAAUGAGUGCUGAUAUAGCGAGAUAUCUAACCAUGUUUGCAUUAAUUAUAAUUGCUUUUACAUGCGGAACUUGUCGCCUAUAUCACUAUUACGAAGGUAUGGUUCAAAUUGAUAAAGAAACUGGGGUGAAAAAGUCCCAAGAAGAUUCUUUUGUAAGUUUCGCCGCCGCUUUAAAAACUUAUUUUUGGGCGAUUUUUUGUAUGUCUGGUUUAAGUUCGGGCGAUGUUAUCAUCGAAACUUUACCCGGAGAACAAGAAAAUACUUACAUUUACAACACGCACGAGUUUACUGAAGCUGUCGGUUACAUUGCCUUCGCUCUUUUCGAAGUUAUCAUUGUCAUCGUUCUUUUAAACAUGUUAAUUGCGACAAUGUCGAAUACUUACCAAAGAGUUAUUGAUAAUGUUGAUAUUGAAUACGCGUUUGGAAAAACGGAAUUUUAUAUGGAAUACAUGGCCCAAACUUGUCUUCCGCCUCCGCUAAACUUAAUUCCUACUGCAAGAGGAUUAGGAUCGAUUUUUGAGUGGUUGCACGUUUUAACGAAAACACCCCCACAGAAAAAAGCUCGAUUUACUUUAACGAAUUGUUGCUUUAUUGAAACUGAAAUGGACGAACAAUUAACGAAGGAUUUUCCUAUUUUAAUGACGCAAUUAAUUCAAAGAUAUUUUAGAGAAAAAGAUGUUUCUUCUGAUAAAAUUUCAACUGAUGUUGAUGUGGUUAAACAAGAUUUAAAUGAAAUUAGAAGUAUUUUAAGGGAAUCUUUGCAACCGGUAAUAGUUGUUGACUUGGCUGGGGAUGAUGAAAAUCCACCGGGUCAAGGAAUUCCAGAUCGGAUGCCAUAAUUACUUUUUAAUUUAAUAUUUAACACUAUAUUAGGAUUUAUAACCAAAAUCUUCAUCAAUACUGUACAACUUUAUUAUAUUAUUAUUGUUAUUAUUAAUUUUAUUAUAAUUGAAAAGAUCUGCAAAACUAACCACACUUUUAUUUUCAAAACAGUUUUAUAAUUAUGCUGUAAAAUACCACUUUUUCCUCAACAAUUGGAGAUAUUAACAUAUUUAAGGACUGUUCAUUUAUACUAUACUUUUUCUUUUAAUUUAGAUAUUGUUUAUUCAAAUAAAUUUUGUGCCCUCCAAACAUUUAAUUUAGAUGUUAUUGGUCCAAAUGUGCUAUAAUUAUCAUUCUACUUGAUUUAAAGUAUA